AUGUCUCAACGUAGACGACAAUUGAUUAUUGAUUUAAAUUAUUAUGAACUUCCGGCCACAAUAACGCGGCUAGAUACGAUUCGCGAAAGGUUGAUUCGGGACCUUUCGCAACAAUAUCCUGAUCUUUCCAGUGUAACUUCAAAGGAACUUUCAUUAUUUCUUGGCCAUUUUCAAAAGUUUCAAGAAGAUGUUUUAGGGCGUCAAGCUCCACGAUUCGAUAAGAUUCCUCCAAAGAUCCCUGGAAAACUAUUCAAGUUUGAACCACCGCCUGGUCUUAACACACCGAUCUAUCAUAUUAUUCGUGCGGCUUAUAAAUUUCGAGGACAAAAAAAAUGGAAACGUUGGGAAUGGGAACUAAACCGAAAUGAUCUGAUCGAAAUGGUAAAACAGAUAAGAAAUCACUUAGAGUCCAAAGGAUUUAUUAAAAAACCCAUGAUAUUACUUAGAGAAUCUGUAGGAGGUACACAUAGACAAGAGUUAAUUGAGCACGUAAAUAAUUUAGGGGGGCAGGUAGUUCAUGAUGUUGUAAGAGCGACUCAUACUAUACAUGCCACGAAUGAGCAUAAUGAUGAUGCAGACGAAGAAUGGUACAGAACUUUAGAAAAAAAGGAUGGUAAAGUUUUGUUACAUUGGUGGUAUUACCCAGAUUCUUAUGACUCAUGGCUAGACGAAGCUGAUCAUGCAGAUCCUGAGCCAAAUCCCAUUCAUCACGGUCCCUGGAAUGUAUCAGAUCGAUGGCUCAGAGAUAGUGCUGAAUUUAACGAGUGGAUGAACGAAGAAGAUUACGAGAUAACUGAUUCAAAAUUGCCUGUUGAAGAACAAUCUGGUAUUUCAGAGUCAGAAGCUUCACCGUCACAUAAACGAAAUUUGGAUUCGUUAGAAUCACCUUCGAACAUGGAUGUUGAUGUUCGUCCUACAACAGGCGCAAAACGUGCAAGGUUAAGAUCACCAGACCAUGAUACAGUGCCAGAACACCCGAACAUAUCACUCGUAGAUAUUGAACAAGAAGCAUCACGUGUAGUCGGAAUUCGCGCAAAGAAAAAUGAAUUUGACCCUGUUAUUGGUGGGGAAAUUGCGAAUAUUUCUCAAUUAGUUCCAGCUGAAAGAUCUAACAGUGAAGAUGUACAACAAGAUCUUGAAGAUCCAGAGGCUAUAGACGAGAAUGCAGAUACGGAUAAUAUAGCAACAGACAUGGAAGGGGUCCGAAUUCCCGUCAAUAAUGCUGAUGUUGAAAUGGCUGAACAAGAGCAAAAUGAUAUACCCAGUGGACGUGUUGAGUAUAAAGCUUCACCUAGCUCCGCAGCAAAAGAAGUGGACGAAGAUGAACACAUGGCAACCACAGAUGAUAAUAGACAGCCAGAAGAUGAUACAAAUGAGCCCUUGUCCGACACUGUUAUUCCUCAAGAAGUUCUUUCUGCCAACGAUGAGGAUGAAAAGAAACGACUUGAAGAAGAAGCCCGAAAGUAUUUAUCAGAGCAAACACAAGAAAUUGUGAUUCCUUCGUAUUCUGCAUGGUUCAACAUGUCAACCGUCCAUCCUAUCGAGAAAAAAUCUUUGCCGGAGUUUUUUAACAACAGAAACAAGUCGAAGAAUCCUAGCAUAUAUAAAGAAUACAGAGAUUUUAUAAUAAAUACUUAUCGACUUAAUCCCGGAGAAUAUUUGACUGUCACAGCUUGUCGCAGAAAUUUGGCGGGUGAUGUGUGUGCAGUUAUUCGUCUUCACGCUUUCUUAGAACAAUGGGGUUUGAUUAAUUAUCAAGUUGAUCCGGAUACUCGACCAUCUCCAGUUGGGCCUUCUUUCACUGGACACUUUCGUAUCACAGCAGAUACACCAAGAGGACUUCAACCUUUUCAGCCACUUGGACCUUCUACUGCCUUAUCAAGUUCUGUCGCGACCACUUCUACAACUAAUGCAGCAGUUGGCAUUUCUACCGAAGGACCCGCUACUGCGAAUCCAAAAGUGGAUAAAAUUUUUGGCAUACGUCAAAAUGUUUAUCAAUCUGGGGUGAACACAGCCGCUACUCCAGGUUCACAGGAUGAAACUGGGAGUGUUGCUGAUACAGGAUCAAAUGAACAAAAACAAUACAAUUGUGUCACAUGUGGUGUUAAUUGUACUCGUGUUCGUUAUCAUAGUGUAAAGACUCAAAACUUUGAAUUAUGUCCAAAUUGUUAUUUGGAAGGACGAUAUCCUACAUCAAUGUAUAGUGGCGACUUUUUAAAAAUGGAAGAAACACCAUUCAAGCAUGCUCAAGAUGAUGAUUGGACAGAACAAGAAAAUCUAGAUCUAUUAGAAGGUGUAGAAUUAUUUGAAGAUGACUGGAACAAAAUCUCUGAACAUGUUGGAACUCGUACUCGGGAGCAAUGCAUCUUACACUUUUUGGAAUUCCCAAUCGAGGAUCCUCUUAAUGAAACUAAAAUGUCAGAUCUUGGACCACUUCAAUAUCAACGCAUACCUUUUAGCCAAGCGGAUAAUCCUGUUAUGUCAGUAGUUGCUUUCUUAGCAUCAGUAGUUAACCCAGGUGUCGCAGCAGCAGCAGCAAAUGAAACAACCGCAAGCACACCAAUGGCUGAUAUUAAAAUUGGGGAUGAAAUGGAUACGGAAGGAGCUUCCGAGUUGAAACCAGAUCCGGAACAGACACCAGAAGAGGUAGCGACAUCUGAUGCUAUAGUUGCACGUCCAAAACUAUUAGAAAGAGCAGGUGCAACAGCAAUGGGAGCGGCAGCCGCGAAAGCUAAAGUACUAGCAGAUUAUGAAGAACGAGAAAUUCAGCGUCUUGUCAACGCAGUCAUUGAAAAUCAACUGAAAAAACUUGAGCUUAAACUUCAACAAUUUGAAGAAUUAGAGAAUGCUCUUGAAAAUGAGAAGAAAGAAUUAGAGAAACAACGUCAAUUGUUGUACAAUGAACGUUUAGCGUUUAAAAAAAACACUUUAAUUAUGCAGGACCAAUUAAGAAAUGUACAAGCUAGCAGUAGUGGUCCAAAACCUUCAACAAGUGGGCAUGGUUAUCUAAAUUCAAGCAAUAGUCGAAUUAUAUCAAAGAUCGAAUUUCAACAGCAACAGCAGAUUCGUCAGCCAGUUGGACCAUUAAGCCAAGAACAAGGAAAUGAAGAUCCUGUUUUGAUGAACAUUUAA